AUGCCCAUUCGAGCGUACUGUACAAUUUGUUCGGAUUUCUUCGAUCACUCUAAAGAUGUGGCAGCCAUCCAUUGCGGACAUACCUUCCACUAUGACUGUCUUCUUCAGUGGUUCCAGACGGCUCCCACUAAGACCUGUCCACAGUGUAGAAAGCAAGUCAGCACCCGGCACAUCAUCAACAAGUUGUUCUUCGAUGUGGGUGGAGAGGAAGAGGGUUCAACUGUGGAUCCGGAGAGUCUGCAGAAUGAACUGGAUAGAUUGAAAGUCCACCUAAGUGUUAAAGAGAGGGAGUGGCAGGAACGGCAGAAACUGAUUGAAGCUUUGAGGGACACGGUGAACAAACAGAAGGGGGACCUGGAGAGUGCAAAGAAAGAGGUGGCAGAAAGGGAGAUCAUCUGCUCAGCGCUCAGGAAACAGAUGAAAUAUCUGGAAAACCAGCAGGAUGAGAUGCAGUCUGCCAAGGAAGAGGCCCGGCGCCUGAGGACUAAGAUGAAGACUUACGAGAGCCUGCAUCUAGUUCUGCAGGGGCAGCGGGAAGAGGUAGAGGCUAUGGUUGCAGACAUGGGGGUGGGCCAUUCUGCAGUGGAGCAGCUCUCCAUCUAUUGCAUUUCCCUUAAGAAGGAGUAUGAGAACCUUAAAGCAAGCUACAAGUCUUCCAAUGAGAUGUGUGAUAAGCUCAGGAGGGAAGUGUUUGCAUCCAACAGUAAGUUGCAGAAAGCCAUGAUGGAGACAGACAAGACAAAGGAGGACAUGAAUGCAAUGCAGGAGGACCUGAAGAACGCAGACAAAGAGAUCACUAGCCUCAAAAAGAAGGUGGAGAUCUUGCAGAAAACUUUGAGCACGCCCACUCGCACCAACGAAGCUCUGAGCCGGCUGGUCUUUGAGAGCCCCGCCCCAGUGGAGCUGAAACCACCUCGUCUACACCACCCCGAGGGGAGUGAGGACAUCGACCUCAACAUGACAUUCAAUGUGUCCACCCCGGAGUUGAUGGAGAAGAAACCCGGGGCGGCCCCAUCCAAGAAGAUGCGUCUGGACCCCGUGAACUUCACCUCCUCAGGGCACACUGAAAACACCUCUGCUGGAACCAAGAGCCGUGUCCUGGAGGAAGAUAUCUCCAUGCAGCCCUUCUUGCGCAACUCCAUGCUCUUCAGGAAGAAGACUUUUGGUAGCAUGCUGGCCCCCCAGAGGAGCAGACUAGGAGCUGUGAGAACUGGCUAUGACGGCCUGGGAGGAAGGACCAAAUUCAUCCAGCCUUCUUCCCCGUCAGAGAUCCGCCCACUGGCAAUGAAGGCAAAGAGAAAGAAGGUUUCCCGUCCACCCCCCAGCAAACUCGCCUCCACUGUGACCACUCUGGACAGCUUCCUGGAGUGA